CCCUCAGGGCCGUGGCUCUCGCCGCUUGUCCCUGCGACGCCGACGCCGCCAUGGCCCCGACGCGCAAGGAGAAUGCUUCGCCAUGGUAUUGCAAGUGGUGCAGGCAUGACGUCACGAAUCAGCCGUGGUUCAACGCCUCCACCCUGGUGUGCUGCAAGAAGUGCGGCCUGCACAAGAGCAACUGUUUCAAGGAGAACAAAGCAGCGUCGCUGCCCAGCGUCUCGGCCAAGCAGCAGUCGCUCGCGGCCAAAGUCAAGGAGCUCGAGGCGCAGCUCGCCAAGCUCCGCGAGCAUCCCCCUGGGCAAGGGCCAGCGGCUACGGGCACAGGUGCGAGCCCACCUUGGGCUGCCGCGCCUGGGGAUGCUGACACCGUCAAGAGGAGCCGUAUCAAGAUGCUGGAUCAGUUGCUUCGGGUCACUACUGACCCUACUGAUGCUGGUAUUGUGGCCCAAUGGCGUGAGGAGCGAGCUAGGUUGGAUGCUGAGCUCUUUCAGGAUAGGCCCCGAGAGCAUCAGGCCAGGUCAUUGGCGUCAAGGCUGUCCUCCGCUCGUGCGCGACAGGCUACCAUCCAGGCCACUCGCAACGAGCAGCAGAGGAAGAUCGACGAGCUCACCCGCGGCCUGGUCGACACUGACUCCAAGUUGCAGGAGGCGGCUGCCGAGGUCCUCCGCCUGGAGCAGCAGACUCGCGCCGCCAUGUCGCGAGUCCAGCCGCCCGAGGGCACCCAGCCACCGACGUUGGCGGACUUGCUGCCCACCUUCGCGGUCAGCGUGGAGCAGCUGGGCAAGGUUGCAUCGGGCCUCGGUCUCGGCGCCGACAUGGUCAAGGAGCUGCAAGCUAUGGCCAACACGGUCAGCAAGCUGCAGAAUAUGCCGCAGGCCAAGCCGCCUGAACCUGCACCUGCCCAUGAAGAUGAGGAUGGAGAUGAGUCUUGCGCUGAGCCACCUGACAUCGAGAUGUCCGAGCAGGAGUACCGUGAGACGCUGGGUGCAGCAGGGGUCCAAGUCGAGGAGAGCGACACCCCUGACAUGGCGCGUGAGAAGUUCAAGCGCCUUCAGCAGAGCUACUUGGACACUGUGGCCAAGAAGGGCUACUCCGUCUACGCCUACGCGGUUGGCCCCUGGCAGCACGCACUGCUCACCGACCUCACCUUCGGGGAUUGGCGGCAGAGGGCACCGACCGUCUUCGGACGGCACGCACCGCUCACCGCCCUUGCCCUCGGGAGCACGGAGGCGAAGGUGCAGCCAACGCAUGCAGUAUCUCAGCCGCAGCUCAAGGGCCUCAUCACAACGGUGAAUGCUACGAGCUACGGUCCUCUCUUUGACUUUUUGGCUACCUAUCGAGGAACUAUCUUGCUGGCACAAGAAUUGAGGAUUAGCGACUCCAGGCUUGGCGAGUUUCAGGCCAGGGCCUUGGAUGCUGGAUGGCACGGGCUAUGGGCCCCGUCGCCCUCCACGGGUGACUCAGCCACGUCCAACUUCGGAGGCGUCGCUGUACUUGUGCCGACAUACAUCAUGGUCACAGCCCCACCUGAUGACGGGCACAUUAUCUACCCAGGACGAGCAGUCUGUGCACAGAUUAACUGGGGAGUGGCAGGCGGCAUCAUAGUCGCCAGUGUGUAUCUUGUCACGUCCAUUGGCAUAUCGGGCGAGAACAUUGAGGUGCUGUGGGCCCUGGCACAGAGAGUGGCAGCAUGGAACUCACGGGGCCUCGACUGGAUCCUGGGUGGCGACUGGAACUCCGACAUCGAUGCGCUCAAUGUUCGCAACUGGGUCGAGACCAUGGCAGCCGUCCACUACGUGCCCGACCAGCACACUUGCAUCACCGACGAGGGCAAGAGCACCAUAGACUAUUUCGUCGUCUGUGCCAAUCUAGCGUCUCGCAUCAAGGGCAAGCCAGAGGUCCAGUAUGACUCCACGGCCGUGCCGCCGCCGCAUUUCCCUGUUGAGCUGCAGCUCAUGGGAGAGGAUCGCCCCACGUGGUGCCGUGUCCCUGCGGAGCCGCGCCCCUUCGCGGUGGUGCCGCCAGUUGGCUGUGCUAGAUAUCCCUACCCGUGGCACUGGCUCCAGGCAGAGUUCCAACGGGUCAGCUGUGCCGACGAUCUGAGCCUGCUCUGGGACUCCGUGCUGCGAGGGGUGGACUACGAGCUGGCAGGGCGUUGCGACUGCGUGGGUGCUAAGGCCAUGCAGUACAUUGGAGCCGACGUGCUGGCCUGGGCCACGGCGAAGCGAUGGGCCCAGCACCUUGUGGCGGAGAAGAAGCGGCUGGCGAGGUACAUCGAGCGCCUCAAGCUCUGUGCUGCCGUGUGUGACAUCACGCCGCUGCAGUACACUAAGGUCGUAGUGGCUUUCAACGAG